AUGGCUUAUUCUCCUUCCCCUACCUCAGCCGCUCAUCCAGACAACGUUGCGUACCUCAACCCUCGUUCCCCAACUCCUCCUGUGCAGCCUUUGUCGAAAAGAGAUAAACGAAGGAAUCAACAUGUGGCUCAUCAACAGGAACUCUACAACGAGCUGGCCUCGAAUCGGGAACAACACUACCGGGAACAACUCAUCGCCCUGCAAACCGACAUGAGCCUCAUCUCCCAAGCAUAUCUAUACGAUGCCGAGCCCCUGGAAGACUCACCCGAGGAGGUGGCUAGAAUCGCAGAACUGGCUGCCUCCGGUACUCCAUAUCAGUCACAGAUGUCGUCUCUUGCUGGUAAAUGGUAUGCCGAGUUCGUCCAGGAGGUGAAUGAUGCGAAGGAAGCCAAAGAGUUAGCCCUCAUCCAACUGAUGAACAACCACAAUGCGCGGUUGGAAAGAGUCAAAUACGAAUGUGACUAUCGACUACACCUUGCCGCCGAGGAGUGCGAACACAUGACAUCGACCCUGCGCGAGCGACUGUUCCAGGCUUUAACCAACAAGCGACAACGUCUCAUGAAAGAGAAAGAACAACUAGAUAUUGCCGACACCAACGCCCUGUUGCUCCACCCCAGCCAGUUCAGCAUUACCAACCCUGCCAGCCCCGGAGGAAAUCACACCAGUCGCAAGACCCGCUUCACCAGACAUCGGGAGCAAGAAGACUUGAACGGGGUUGGAGAAGUCACCAACAAGCGAAAACGCAAGCUUGUCGAUGACGACGUUGGUUCGCCUUCACGAAACGGUUUCUCGACACCCGCAGACCGCAGCCGGGCGGCCAUGGCACACCAGACGGCACCCCUCUACUCCAUCCAUUCACUCUUCACCGACAAGGAACUCAACUUCCAGUCGCACCAAGCCCAGAUUGCAGCUCGGCACUUCUUCGCAACGUCGAGAAAAGAAGGCGAGACAGGCAACACACGAAAGCGAGGCCGAGAUGACGACGACAAGGGAAGCCGGUCCGACGAUUCAGGCUCUGACGAUGACGAAGAGCUUGAAGCACCAGAGAUGGAUAGAUCUGCCAGCCAAAAUGUUCAUGUCACACGCUCGACUCGAACGUUCGGUGGGAUAAAUGGAUUGAACUCGCUCAGCGACCUGGCGGAGAAAGCGGCCACCCGACCUGCCCUUCCUUAUGCCACAUUACACACACACCAGGGGAGACAGGGAACGUUCUUACCUCAGCCGAGCAGACUGAUGGCUGAAGAACUUGAAGAAGAUUUGUUGAAGUUUGCGCAGAUCGAAACGCAGCCCAAAGGACAAGUCGACAAGAAGGCCAUUGAAGAAGCCCUGAGGCCCUUGGCCGAGUCACGAAGUAAUCUGGCCCCGGAUUGGCCCGUGUAUCUUGAUGUCCAUUUGGUGGACGUCGACCCUAGGAAGAAGGCAGGACGGGGAUGA